AGGGGAAACUCUGGCCCCGUCUCCUGCAGGAUCUCCACGUUUAAUGAGAGCUCCGAUCCUGCAGGAGUAAAAGUCCAGGUGGAACAGCUCCGCGCGCUCACUCUCUCAGGCUCUCUCUCUUCUUUCGGAUUUUAGUGGAAAACUCUGCGAGGAUUUACUUUUCUAACAUCUGGAGGAGAGUUUCACCUUCUCAGGUUUGGAAGUUCUACAAGAAACACUGGCAGAGCUGUUGAACCUGCACACCUCCCAUCAUGACCAGAGCAUCCCUCACUGCUGUCUGCCUUGCGCUCCUCCUGUCCUGUGCCUGCUGGGCCAAGCCGAAGAAACCAAAGCAAGUUGUUCCAUCCAUAGAGUGUGAUGUCCGAGCAGGAAAGAUCAACCUCCCAGAGUUCAUAGUCAAAUGUCCCUCACACUGUAAGGAGACGAAGCAGCAGGUGUAUGGAACCAGCGUGUACGCCUCCAUCUCCAGCAUCUGCAACGCCGCCAUCCACAGUGGGAUCAUCACCAACACGGGAGGGAAGGUGAUCGUGAGGAAGAUGGCCGGGCAGAACAUCUACAAAGGCAGCAACUCGUAUGGAGUGCGCUCCCUCUCUCUGCCCAAGUGGAGGGAGUCGUUUGUUGUUUCAGUCGGGAAGCCCAAGAAAGGAGUGAUCUACCCGUCAACUCUGGACUACGUACCCUCAAGACCAACCUACGUGAAAACAGGUCACAAGGAGGUCAAAGCGGUCACCACGAUGCUGCCUGCUACCACUGCACCUGAACCCACCACGACGACGACACCUGAACCCACCACCACCAUCCCUACCACCACGACGCCGGCUCCCACCAGCACCACACCCCCGCCUCCACCCACCACCACUAAGGCCAGAGCUGCUGUGCAUAAAGUCAGGGACGCAGGCAGCAGUCACCCGUACCUUGCCUCUGUGGCAGCCGCCGGUUCAAGACAGUCACAGAGCAGUCAAGGGAAGAGUCCCAGUCAAGUAUUCAGAGGAAGUGCCUACCCCAAUAGAUUCCCACAACGUGCCAGUGCAGGUCUGCGCAGACCAGAAGCAGGCUCAGCUGUCAGGAGACAACCUUCCUCUCCAGUCGGUCCAGCCUUUAACAGAGUUCAGCCGGCCCCACCCGAGCGGACUCCGUCCAUGAGCCAGCCUAACCAGGCUUUUCCCAGAAGGGAGUGGGCGCCUCCCUCCGUGCCUCGUCCUGAUUGGUUCCCAGGUGCUCGACGACCAACAGAUGUUAGUUACGGAGCUCCAGACUCAGGAUACACGUGGAGUGAGGCAGAUGCGUCUGAGAUGACAGCUCGGGAUCACAGGCCUGAUAUGUCAGAAUAUGAGCGCUGGUUUUAUAACUUUGGACCGUACCCACCUCGAACCUCCGACCCUGACACCAUCCGUAAAGUACCGUUGGAUACAACCCAUACCCGAGUGGAGCCGGUGGAUGUCUGGAAGCCUGAAGCUAACCUGUAUGAAUCAGGCUUCAGUGUCAGAGAGCAAGAACCUCCACCCAGAGCACCUGAGCCAGUCUCACAGGGAGACCCAAACUGUAAGGUGGACCUGGCCUUCCUGAUGGACGGGAGCUGGAGCAUCGGGAAGAGGCGCUUCAAGAUCCAGAAGGACUUCCUAGCCGAGGUCGCUCAGGUCAUAAACGUGGGCUCAGCUGGACCCAUGAUGGGAAUCAUCCAAUACGGGGACGACCCAGUGACAGAGAUCAGCCUGAAGUCUCACUCUAACUCCAGAGAGGUGAAGUCUGCCGUGGAUAAGAUCGUGCAGAAGGGAGGUCUCUCCAACGUGGGGAAAGCCCUCACCUACAUCAACAGGCAGUACUUCAGUGAUGCAAACGGGAACCGAGGUGCGGCUCCAAACGUGGCCGUGGUGCUGGUGGACGGCUGGCCCACGGACAAGGUGGAGGAGGCGUCUCGGCUCGCCCGGGAGUCCGGAAUCAACAUCUUCUUCGUCACCAUUGAGGGUCCGGACGACAACGAGAAGCAGAACCUGGUGGAGGCCAACUUCGUGGACAAGGCCGUGUGUCGGACAAACGGCUUCUUCUCCCUGCCGGUGAGCAGCUGGUUCGCUCUGAGGAAGGCCGUGCAGCCGCUGGUGAAGAGAGUGUGCGACACGGACCGCCUGGUGUGCAGCAAGACCUGCAUCAACGCCAACGACAUCGCCUUCGUCAUCGACGGCUCCAGCAGCGUGGGGACCGGGAACUUCCGCACCGUGCUGCAGUUCGUGGCCAACGUGACGCGGGAGUUCGAGAUCUCGGACACGGACACGCGGGUCGGCGCCGUGCAGUACACCUACGAGCAGCGGCUGGAGUUCGCCUUCGGGCAGUACAACAACAAGAACGAGCUGCUCAACGCCAUCAAACGCAUCAACUACUGGAGCGGAGGGACGAGCACCGGGGCCGCCAUCACGUACGCCGCCGAGCAGCUGUUCAGCAAAUCCAAACCCAACAAACGCAAGAUCAUGAUCGUCAUCACGGACGGACGCUCCUACGAUGACGUCAGAGCUCCUGCGCUGGCCGUGCAUCGCCAAGGUGUGAUCGCCUACUCCAUCGGCAUCGCCUGGGCGGCGCAGGACGAGCUGGAGUACAUCGCCACCGACCCGGACAAGGAGCACUCCUUCUUCGUGGACGAGUUCGACAACCUCUACAAGUUUGUGCCCAAAAUCAUCCACAACAUCUGCCAGGAGUUCAACUCUCAGCCCAGGAACUGAGGACGCACGCAGCGGGGAGCGGCGUCCUGACAGAACUCAGAUUGUAAAUUUGCUCUCUCUGCUGCACAGACGGCGGCGGCGGCGCUGGAUUGGCUGCGGCGCCUUUAUUUGAACGGGGGAGGGGUUUGAGUUUAGGGGAGGACUGUGGGAGCGGGUCCCAAAUGUACGGUGGUGCCGAUGUUAAAGGGUUUCGACACAGCGGCACGCUCACGUUAUCUCUCUAUCAAAGAGAGCAGAACAUUAAAUAUCUGAUAAGAAUAAGAAGUAACACUUUACAAAGUUUAACACGUCGUCACAAAGAGCUUUAUUAGUCUUUGAAGUUCAGAUCAGCUGACUCUGAGAUAAACUUCUCGGUUGCCAGGUUGUGAAAAAUCCCCCUUUAUGUCAAACCUUUUCUUGGACCUGGAAAAAAAGCUGCUGUUGAUCAGAGCCCGGUUCUUCAGGACGUUUAAUCUGAAUAAGUCUGAUUCAGAUUUGGGAAUGCAUGUUUCCUUCCCACCAUGAAUCAAAUAAUCCAGAUCACUUAAAUCCAGUUUUUUAAAGAAAAUAAAUGGAUCAGAUCAACCUGAUCCAGUUACAGACUUACAGCCAAGUUCCACCAGAUCCGUGUCCGGUCGGUCUCUGAUCCUUAACAACUCCGCAUCUGAUAGGUUUCUAAUCUAAUCAAUGUGUUAACUUCCACUGGAUCCGCCCCAUUGCGUUCUGGCUGCAUCGCUGAUCCGGCAGGUCGGAGCCCUCCAUCAAUCUCAACAGAGCAGAUGGAGCGGGACAGGAAGUCAGGUUUCACCAAAACAAAGUGAAAACAUCCGGUUAAUUUUCAGAAUAAAACACUCUGUGUUAUCACCAGAUCGUAUUUCACUUAACUACAACAACAAACCAAAGUCAUGAUGAGCGGAGCCAGGCCUGGAGUCAACAGGUCAGAGGUUUUCAGAGGACCAGAAAGACAACAUGGAUGAGGAGAGGAGGAGGAGGAGAAUCCUUGAUUCAGUGAUUACCACAGGAGAACCUCGGUCACAUGACUCCAGCUGUCUGGCGGUCCUGCGCCGUGCUGUGUUCUUAAAACGAAGCCGGUGGGUGUUGACGGACAAGAGAGCACAGAGCGGACCAGACACGGAUCUGGUGGAAGUAACGGGUUUGAAAGAUUACCAAAUGCCUUAAAUGGGACUACAUGCUGUAUAGGUAGAUGUAGUCCACAGGGGGGCGCCAGAAGGGGACAACACCUGUUUUUAGUCCCUGUAAUCAGCUCUCUGCUGAUAUUUUGGAUCCAAGUUAUUCCAAUCGUCCUCAAAAGUUGUGAACACAAACUGGAGGCUUCAUCCUGGAUUUGAUCUCCCGAUCCGUUCCCAUUGGAGAAUCCUUUUUUGUCUUUUGAGCAAUCCAACUUCAAGAUCUGAUCCAGUUUUAAUCCAAACAGAUUACGUUGAAAGACUGGGCCCUGAUCUGUUCAUUUUGGGGAACUUUUUUUUGAUGCAUUUUGCACCCAAAGUUUAUGGAUUUGAUUUGAAACAAGUUUAAUUUAAUCUGAUCGAGUGUUUGGACGAUAAAGACAGAAAAAUAAGGAAAUAAAAAGACAAUAUAGAGAUUAAUAGAUAUAAAACUAUCACACCUGUUUCCUUCUUUAAAGAUAGCAGUGGGUUAUUUUGUUGCAGAUAAAUUAAAAUAGAAAAAGGGAUUUUAUUCCAACCUCACAAACCCAGAAGUUUCUCUCCAAUCCAGCAUUAAUAAAUAAUUCAAAAACAUAAAUAAAGCCUUUAAAUUCAACGGAGUCAAAGCGUGUCGUUAAAGAAAGCGGUGCAGAAGUGAUGAACGAACAUUAAGCUACUUUACGGGACACGUGCUCGCAGAGAGAUGUAGAUUUAAAGCAUGCCUAGCACUUCCUCUUAUGGCUGAACAUCCAUUAACCUCAUAAUACGGUGCAUUUUAUACAGUUCUCUGGAGAGAGGAGGAACUUUGGUGCGUUCGGAGUUAAAGUUUAUAGUUAAAGUUCCUCUCGGUACGGGAGGGGAAACGGGGCCGAGAGCAACCACGUGAAAGAGGAGCGUUUUAUCGUCUUCUCGGGAAAGAAAGAAAAUUUAUCGGCUUUGUUUUCUGAAAGUUUGGUUGCUUGGAACAUCGCAGGCGUUCCUUUGUUUUGUUUUUUGAAGAGUAUUUAUGAUUUCUCCCUGUCGUGUCCAGUUUGUACAUAUGCAUAUUAAAAACCUUUCGCUAAAAAUGUUCAGAUAUUUGAUCAAUAUUUUUUUGCAAUUUUUAAUAAAAUAAAGAAAAUGAA